AUGGCUGAUGGUGAAGACAUUCAACCUCUUGUUUGUGACAAUGGAACUGGAAUGGUUAAGGCUGGUUUUGCUGGGGAUGAUGCACCUCGAGCUGUGUUUCCUAGCAUUGUUGGACGUCCACGUCACACCGGAGUGAUGGUUGGGAUGGGGCAAAAGGAUGCUUAUGUUGGCGACGAAGCUCAGUCGAAACGUGGUAUUCUAACUCUCAAGUACCCGAUUGAGCACGGGAUUGUCAACAAUUGGGACGACAUGGAGAAGAUUUGGCAUCACACUUUCUACAACGAGCUUCGUGUUGCUCCCGAGGAGCAUCCGAUUCUACUUACUGAGGCACCUCUUAACCCGAAAGCUAAUCGUGAGAAGAUGACUCAAAUCAUGUUUGAGACUUUCAAUGCCCCGGCUAUGUAUGUGGCUAUUCAGGCUGUCCUUUCCCUUUACGCUAGUGGUCGUACAACCGGUAUCGUGCUUGACUCGGGAGAUGGUGUGAGCCACACUGUUCCGAUCUACGAGGGUUAUGCCCUUCCACAUGCUAUCCUUCGUCUUGAUCUUGCGGGUCGUGACCUCACAGACGCGCUGAUGAAGAUCCUUACCGAGCGUGGUUACUCUUUCACCACCACAGCAGAGCGAGAAAUUGUCAGAGACAUAAAGGAGAAGCUUUGCUACAUUGCUCUUGAUUACGAGCAGGAGCUUGAGACAGCCAAAACCAGCUCAGCUGUUGAGAAGAACUACGAGCUACCUGAUGGGCAAGUGAUCACCAUCGGAUCUGAGCGUUUCCGUUGCCCUGAGGUUCUUUACCAGCCAUCUAUGAUUGGUAUGGAAAAUGCCGGUAUCCAUGAGACAACUUAUAACUCCAUAAUGAAGUGUGAUGUUGACAUCAGAAAGGACCUGUACGGUAACAUUGUGCUCAGUGGUGGAACCACAAUGUUCCCGGGAAUCGCCGACAGAAUGAGCAAGGAGAUCACCGCUUUGGCUCCAAGCAGCAUGAAGAUCAAAGUCGUCGCCCCUCCAGAAAGGAAAUACUCUGUCUGGAUUGGAGGGUCUAUCUUGGCCUCCCUCAGUACCUUCCAGCAGAUGUGGAUCGCAAAGGCAGAGUACGAUGAGUCAGGCCCGUCAAUUGUUCACAGGAAGUGCUUCUGA